AUGGCGGCCAAGGCCCAAACGCCGGGUCGGCCGUCUUCGCCGAGGCGUUUCUUUGCGCGCAUCUACGGUCACCUGGAGUCAAAAGAGUCGAAAGAGUCGAAGUCAAAGUCCGGGUGUUCUCCAGCGACCUCCUGCGAGGACCCCGGGGGGUCGCCAGGCGAGUCGGCCGAAGAACAGCGGCUGGUACCGGAAGUGUCGCAGGAUGUACCGGAAGCGCGAGGUCCUCGAGUUUCCUCAGAGGUCCAACGAAGAGCCGAGAGGCCGACAGGGGUGCCGCCGAUGGGACUGCACCCCCUCCUGCCCCAGGGAUUUUUUCCAGGGGGACCAUCGCACCCCUUGCACCUGACGCCCCUCGCCGCGGCGGCGUCCCGACUUCCUCCGCACCUUCAGGGUCUGCCGACCCACCACGAGGCCCACUUCCACGGGUUCUCCGCGUUCCUGGCCCGUCGACGGAGGAAGGAGGGUCGACCUCGGCGACAAAGAACCACCUUCAGCGGGGAGCAGACUCUUCGCCUGGAGGUCGAGUACCGUAGGGGGGAGUACAUCUCCCGAGGGCGAAGAUUCGAGCUCGCAGCAUCCCUGAGAUUGACGGAGACGCAGAUCAAGAUCUGGUUCCAAAACCGCCGUGCCAAGGACAAGAGGAUCGAAAAAGCUCAGCUGGACCAGCAGUACAGGAAUUUCGCGGUGUCCAGCGGCCUCCUAGAUUUCCCUGUAUAUGGCGGCACCGGCUUUUGCGGGGUCUGCUUCUGCAAAGAUCCUGCGGGAAAUUCAGUGCCACAUGCGUGCAUCCAAAGGGACAACGCGAGUGCACCUUCGGCUGGGAAAUCUCGACACAACAGCAGCGGCAGCGAGGCUUCGGAAAGUCUCCCAAAUGCGAGCUCGCCGAUUUAAAAGCGUUUCCUCCACUUCCUAAGAGGACCCUCAAUCUGGACGAAGUCCCUGAUGGAAGUGGCGCCGAACUCUCUCAGGCUCGCUGAAAAUAAAGAGAUAGAAAAAAAGAAGAAAAAAAAAAUGAAGAAGAAGAAAUCGAGUCGCCAAGGCUUUAUUA